AUGUCGCUGCCUCAAAGACCGGGGCAAGGCUCUUCGCCCCGGAGAGAUGAGGCUCGCAGUGCGUUUCGCGAGUCUUCACGGCGGCGUCGCCGCCGGGAAAGUGAGACGGAGGCUCCCUCGACCCCAUCCUCCACACACCGCCGCCAACCCUCCUCCCAACGCCGCCGACGCCCGUCGCACAGUUCGCCACGACAGAGAAUAGCCCCCGAUGGUGACGAGGAGAUGCAGGCUGAGAUGCCGCGCAAACGCAGUCUCGUCAAGCCCGAGCGCGAGCACCGCAGUCGCGACCAUCCCAACUACCACUACCGUCAAAAAUCCCAUAACAUGUCGACCUACCCGUCGACCACCGGCCAUGACGCCGCCGCCGCCGCCGCCCCCCUCGACGUCGACGGAGAGGCCGAGACCACCAGCUCCCACAGCACUGAGCUCAAAACCAAGCCCGACUACUACCCCGAACACGGCCACAUCAACCGGCCCAUGGAACGCGCCCCGAGCCGUCAUCGCUCUGGUACCACUUCGUCCAACAACAACAACAAUAACAAGCGCAAGGGCUCCCACCGUCGUCGCCGGUCUCGAUCCAGCAGCCGCCGCCGCGCCGAGGAGAAGGCGCGUCAGAAGGCCAUGGAGGCGGUCACCCCGCCCAGCUUCUGGUUGGUCUAUUGCACGGUCAUCACUUUCUGGGCCCCCAGCUUCAUCCUCCGCUGCUGCGGUAUGCCCAACAAGGAGCAACGCAGCGCCUGGCGCGAGAAGAUGGGCCUCAUCAGCAUCAUCCUGCUCGUUGGCGCCUUUGUUGGCUUCAUCACCUUCGGCUUUCGCGCCAUCGUUUGUGCCUCACCCCCCGUGCGUCUCAAGAACAACCACGUCGGCGAUGGCUACAUGAUCUUCCACGGCGCCGCCUACGACCUCUCCGACUCCAGCCACCCCGCUGCCGCCGGCAUCCCGGCCGGCUCCAACGUCCUCUACGAUCUCGGUCACAAGUACGGCGGGCAGGACGGCAGCUUCUUCUUCCAGGAGGUCAACGGCGCCUGCAAGGGCCUCAUCACCCUGGCCGAUGGCUCCGACGUUCCCACCAACAGCGAUGGCGAUCUCGCCUGGUACUUCCCCUGCAAUGCCUUCAACCAGGACGGUUCCAGCAAGCCCAAUUACACCGACCCUUACUACCUCGGCUGGGCCUGUCACACCCAGGGUGCCGCCCGGAAAUCCUUCUACAGUCUCCAAAGCUCCGGUGACGUCUACUUUACCUGGGAGGACGCCAAGAACAAGAGUCGCAACCUCGUCAUCUACUCCGGCAACGUGCUCGAUCUUGACCUGCUGGAAUGGUUCAACACUUCCCAGGUCUCCUACCCCGCCAAGUUCGACGAGCUCCGCGAGGACUCGGACAUCCGCGGCGCCGACAUCACCUAUGCCCUGCAGACCGGCGACGACCGCAAGAUCGGCAAGUGCCUCACGGAGAUCAUCAAGGUCGGCAGCAUCGACACCGACACCGUCGGCUGUAUCGCCUCCAAGAUCGUUCUCUACGUCGCCCUCGUCUUCAUCCUCUCCAUCGUCGGCGUCCGCUUCAUGUUCGCCGUCUACUUCCAGUGGUUCGUCGCCCACCGCUACGCCGCCAAGACCACCAGCAUGGGCGCCACCGAUUCAAAAUCCCGUAAGCAGCAGAUUGAGGACUGGUCCAACGAUAUCUACCGCCCCGCCCCGCGCUUCGCCGACCCCGUCGUCCCUGACCACCGGCCCAGUAAGCGCGCCAGCUUCCUCCCCACCACCUCCCGCUUCUCCAGCCCCUACGUCGUCAGCCACGGUGGCAAGCAACGACCCCAGCAUAUCACAAUGGCCAGCCAAAACUCCGCCUCGCGCCUCCUUCCCAGCACCUCCGCUUCCGCCUCCAUGUACCGCCUUGGCCACAACAGCAGUGGUGGCACAAUGAGUGCCGACCAGCCAUCGCGCAGCAUCCCUGGUAGCGGCGGUAACAACCACAAUAACAACCUCACCGGCAGUCGCUCGAGCCUGUUACCCACCUCUCAGCACGUUACCUCCACGGAUCGCUACUCCACCGCCCUCUCCGACGCCGAAGGGCCUGGCCCUGCGGGUUUCAUCCAUGAGGCCGUCGUCCCGCAACCCCCCGUCGAGUGGCAGCCAUUUGGAUUUCCCCUGGCCCACGCCAUCUGUAUGGUGACCUGUUACUCGGAGGGUGAAGAAGGCAUUCGUACCACGCUGGACUCCGUCGCGCUCACUGACUACCCCAACAGCCACAAGACCAUCAUUGUCAUCUGCGACGGCAUCAUCAAGGGUAAAGGUGAACAGUUCUCAACGCCCGAGAUUGUGUUGGGUAUGAUGCGCGACCAUGUGGUGGCGCCCGAGGAGGUCCAGGCCUUCUCGUACGUCGCCGUGGCAUCGGGCUCCAAGCGGCACAACAUGGCCAAGGUCUACUGCGGCUUCUACGAUUACGGCGAGACCUCCCCGGUACCCCCGGAGAAGCAGCAGCGCGUGCCCAUGAUGAUCAUCGUCAAGUGCGGCACUCCCGAGGAGGCCGCAACCGCCCCCAAGCCGGGAAAUCGCGGCAAGCGCGACAGCCAGAUCGUGCUCAUGUCCUUCCUGCAAAAGGUCAUGUUCGACGAGCGUAUGACCGAACUCGAGUUUGAGAUGUUCAACGGCCUGUGGAACAUCACCGGCAUCCCGCCGGAUUUUUACGAGGUCAUGCUCAUGGUCGACGCCGACACCAAGGUCUUCCCGGACAGUCUGACGCACAUGAUCUCCGCCAUGGUCAAGGACCCGGAGGUCAUGGGCCUGUGUGGCGAGACCAAGAUCGCCAACAAGACCGACAGCUGGGUCACCAUGAUCCAAGUGUUUGAGUACUACAUCUCCCACCACCAACUCAAGUCGUUCGAGUCGCUCUUUGGCGGUGUCACCUGUCUCCCGGGUUGCUUCUCCAUGUACCGCAUCAAGGCGCCCAAGGGCGGCCAGAACUACUGGGUGCCCAUCCUGGCCAACCCGGACAUCGUCGAGCACUACUCGGAGAACGUGGUGGACACGCUGCACAAGAAAAACCUGCUCCUACUCGGCGAGGAUCGAUAUCUGACCACCCUGAUGCUCCGGACCUUCCCCAAGCGUAAACAGAUCUUCGUCCCGCAGGCGGUCUGCAAGACCAUCGCCCCGGACAAGCUCAAGGUCCUCAUGUCGCAGCGUCGCCGCUGGAUCAACAGUACCGUCCACAACCUCUUCGAGCUGGUCCUGGUCCGCGACCUGUGCGGGACCUUCUGCUUCAGCAUGCAGUUUGUCAUCUUCGUCGAGCUCGUCGGCACUCUCGUCCUCCCCGCCGCCAUCUCCUUCACCAUUUAUGUCGUCGUCAAGUCCAUCAUCUCCAGACCCGUCCAGAUCUUGCCCCUCGUCCUCCUCUCUCUCAUCCUCGGUCUGCCGGGACUGCUGAUUGUCGUCACCGCCCACCGGCUCGUCUACGUCAUGUGGAUGUUCAUCUACCUCCUCUCCCUGCCCGUCUGGAACUUCCUCCUGCCCGUCUACUCCUUUUGGAAAUUCGAUGACUUUAGUUGGGGUGACACCCGCCAGACCGCUGGUGAGAAGGACAAGGGUCACGACACCGUCGAUGGCGAGUUUGACAGCAGCAAGAUCACCAUGAAGCGCUGGCGGGAUUUUGAAAAGGAUCGCCGUUUACGCAAUGCUGCCACGUCUGUAGAAACUCUGCCCCACCAUCACGACAUCUCCCACUUGGGACGUCUGACGACCUCCUCGCCUUCCCACUCUAUCCCCGGCACCGAGUCUCUACGAUCAAAGGGGAAUGCCUCGACCAUGCUCAUAUCGUCUCGCCCACCGGAGCUGACUCUCGCCCACCACCGUCUCGACUUGGGCAGCCUCGCGAGAUCCGGCAGGCUGUGCUAG